GUUGCCCUUCAGAUAUUGACGUCUUCAUGAUUCAGUCGAUCACCAAGAGAAAGAGAAAGGGUGAGAGUAAGCAACCUUGCCUAACACCGGUCUUCACUUCGAACGACUUUGUCAACUGUCCUCCAUGCACAAUUUUGCAGUGUAAUCCAUCAUAUGAGUUCUGUAUGAUAUUGACUAUCUUCUGACGCACUCCGUAGUGUCGAAGGAGUUUCCAUAGUGUUGUUCUGUCCACGCUAUCAAAUGCCUUUUCGUAGUCAAUGAAGUUGAUGUAGAGUGAUGACUUCCAUUCAAGUGAUUGUUCCACAAUGAUCCGUAGAGUUGCGAUUUGUUCUGUACACGAUCUAUCCUUACGGAACCCUGCCUGUUGGUCACGAAGUUGAGCGUCUACACAGUCCUUCAUCCUGUUUAACAAUACCCUGUUGAAGACUUUUCCCGGUAUUGAGAGAAGAGUGAUGCCCCUGUAGUUAUCACACUUGCUGAGAUCGCCUUUCUUCGGUAUUUUGAUCAGAAGUCCUUCUUUCCAGUCUGUUGGUACUUGUUCCUCAUCCCAAAUCUUAUUGAAGAGAAUGUGUAGUGUCCUUGUAGUUGCCGCUACGUCUGCUUUUAGUGCCUCUGCUGGAGUGUUGUCUGGUCCUGCUGCUUUGCCACUCUUGAUUUGUCUGAUGGCCAUGCUGAUUUCUUCAAUUGUUGGUGGGCCAACAUUGAUUAGGAGGUCCGUGGGUGCUGCUUCGAUGUUGGGUAAGUUCAGUGGAGCUGGUCAAUUCAAGAGUUCUUUGAAGUGUUCUACCCACCUGUUUUGUUGCUCUUCAAUGUUGGUGAUUACCUUGCCUUCCUCGCUUUUCACUGGUCGUUCUGGUUUGCGGCGAUUUCCAGAGUUUCUUUGUCGUGUCAUACAAUUGUCUCAUGUUUCCUUCUCUUGCAGCCUUUUCCGCCGUUGUCGCUAA